AUGGAUAAAAUUGAAUUAAUGACACAACCUGAGAAAGACUCCGUGUCAGAGUCGCCACAAGAAAGGACAUUGCAAAAAUUAAAGAGUCUUGUCUCUGAAUAUCUGGCAGACAUGAAUGAUGAAGAGGAGGAGGAGAAUGAAACAGAGGAUAAGCACAAAGAACAUGAAGAAACAGGAAAGGAGAAAGAAAAUGAAGGUGACAAGAAUGGCCAUUCCCAUUCCCAUUCCCAUUCCCAACACAAGCAUUCGCAUGAUAACGUGCAUCAAAAAAAUGCUAAGGACGUAAAUGAAGAUCCCAAAACGACACAAGAGACGACUCACGAGAAAGAAGAUGAUUCUGUGGAAUAUGACGAUGAUGGGUUUGUGAUUCCACAGGGAAAAAUUCCGCUAGAUGGGCAUUUUUCUACCAGUGAAAUCAAGGAAUUGAUCAAAUUGUCCAAGGAAGAAGGUAUUUUGAAAGAAGACGUUAAUAUUAAGGUGCUCGAUAGUAACGAACAUAUCGGAGACAAGGUAGUCAUAUCAGAAGAAUCGGAUAAAGAUAAACUCGAUAAUCCUGAUAAGGAAGGAAAAGAUGAUGACUCGAAUGGAGACAAAAAGGACAGAUCCAAUUCUAUUGAUCCUAAGGAGACGGCAAAACAAUAUGGAAAGAAAUCUGAAUCAGAAUAG